AUGGCUCAAACAACCACGUCGGAUCGUCUGCCAACCACUCGACCUACUGCACCAUCGACAUGGAGAGCCACUCGACAUUUAACUCCUCUUCCUCGACCUCCUGUCGACCCUGAAUUAGACGCGCCUCCCAAAAUGGGACCUGAUGGUCGAAUAAUCAAGAAGGUCAGACCACGACGGACGAUUGACUUAUGGGCAGGAGUAGCUCGAUGGGAAAUGAUUAAAAAAGUAAAGCCCGUUGGCGCGCGGGUACCUGUUCUAAAGCCAGCAGCAUCGUACAUAAUAGAUAUGCUUCCUCCGAAAGCAUAUACAGAUGACAUAGCCACGAGCAUAACCACUAAAUUCGUUCACACGAGUACGAAUAAAGUGCGAUGCCCGGUCAACUGUGUUGUUUGGACUCCUGAAGGGAGACGCAUCUUGACAGGCUCAACCAGCGGCGAAUUCACCCUCUGGAACGGACUCACAUUCAACUUUGAGACCAUUCUUCAGGCCCACGACAAUGCCAUUCGAGCGCUCGCAUUUUCUCAUCUGGGGGAUAUCUCAUCAGCGCCGACCAUCUGGCGUAUCAAGUAUUAUCAACCAAUAUGA